UCACUGAAUAGAUCAUCCUGCAGUGGCUUCUCUGAACUCUCCUGUAUCUUUUAUCUUCAUCAUCAUCCUCCUCAUUGGUUUAACAUAGGCCUGUUAUAAUGGGGUCAAGAAGCCUUUGGCUGUUUCUGCUGCUGCUCAGGGUUUUGCUUUCGACCACAUUCGGAUGGGUGGAUUCAGAAGGGAGCAGAAGGUUAAAUACAGCAUCAGGAAGACUGCAUCUCAAGGCCCAAGAAAACUUUGAUCAGACAAGAAGAAAAGUGCGGGAAGUAAAAGAUGGAUUUACGUCGCCUUGUGAAAAGAAGUCUUGUGGUCAGGGAAGACAAUGUGUUAUCAGCUUAGGAUCAAAAGUUCCUCAGUGCGAGUGUCUGGAGAAAUGUAAGCCUCGGUAUAUGCCAGUGUGUGGCUCGGAUGGGAAAUUGUAUGAAAAUCACUGUGAGCUUCAUCGGGCUUCCUGCUUACAUGGAAAGAAAAUCUAUAUUGUCCAUAGCAAAGACUGUUUUUUCAAAGAUGACACGUGCACUAUGGCUGACUAUAACCGGCUUAAGAGCAUACUAAUUGAUCUUCAGACUCAUCGAAAGAAUGUGCAAAGCAGCCCUAUGGAAGACAAAAGAUCUCGAAAACGUGCACUGGUGGAAAAGCUGUUUAACUAUUUGGAUAUGAACUAUGAUGGUCAUCUAGACAGCUUUGAGUUGGCUCAGUAUGCAAAGAAGAAACAACUAGACAAUGACUUGAAUUGCUCAGUAGAAGAUCUGCUCCGGUUUGAUGACUACAACAUUGAUGGUUACCUAACACUUCCAGAAUUCUACACUGCAUUCCAAGUCAUCCAGAUAACUCUUGCUCAAGAAAAGAUGAUCAGCGUGACUACAGUAUCCGUUGGUUUAAGUGCUGUGCUUACUUGUGCAAUUCAUGGAAUUUUACGCCCUCCAAUUAUAUGGAAGCGGAAUGGAGUUAUUUUAAACUUUUUAGACCUGGAAGAUAUCAAUGACUUUGGAGAAGACAAUGCUUUAUAUAUCACCAAGGUAACAACCAUUCAUAUGGGCAAUUACACAUGCCAUGCUUAUGGCUAUGAGGAUAUGUACCAGACUCACAUCCUUCAGGUGAAUGUGCCUCCAGUAAUAAGAGUUUAUCCAGAAACUCAGGCUCAGGAGCCUGGAGUUUCUGCCAGCUUGAAAUGUCAUGCGGAGGGCAUACCUAGUCCAAAAAUUACAUGGCUGAAGAAUGGUGUUGAUGUAACUCCAAGGCUUUCAAAACAACUCACAGUCCUAGCAAAUGGAAGUGAGCUUCAUAUCGCUAGUGUACGUUAUGAAGACACCGGAGCAUAUACAUGCAUUGCCAAGAACGAGGUUGGAGUAGAUGAAGACAUUUCUUCCCUUUUCAUUGAAGAUUCUGCAAAGAAAACCUUGGCAAACAUUCUGUGGAGGGAGGAAGGAUUGAGUGUGGGGAACAUGUUUUAUGUUUUUUCUGAUGAUGGAAUCACAAUAAUUCAGCCAAGAGAAUGUGAGAUCCGGAGGCAGAUGAAGCCUACUGAGAGGAUCCUUACAAGUUUUGAAGAAAUGUGUGAAAAAGCGGACGCUGAUCAGUUUUGCCAGUGGUCUUCUGCUAUCAAUGUGAGAAACAAGUUUAUUUAUGUUGCGCAGAAUACACGCAACAGAAUUCUGUUAAUUGACAUCCAGAUGCAGAAGGUGAAGCAGUCUAUAGGUGUUGAUCCUUUUCCAGCCAAAUUAUUUUAUGAUAAAUCUCAUGAUCAAGUCUGGGUUCUUAGCUGGGGAGACGAAAGGAGAUCUCAUCCUACAUUGCAGGUUAUUCCUGAUGCAAGUACAGGAGAAAACCUCCACGUUAUCCGGACAACAUUUGAAAAUGUGGAUGACUUUUUUAUUCCUCCAACAAAUCUUAUCAUUAACCACAUUAGGUUUGGCUUCCUCUUCAAUAAAUCCAGACCUGCCAUUCACAAAAUUGACCUUGAAACUGUGAAACCUAUCAAGACAAUAAGUUUCACCAAUUUCAGCUGCAUUCCGGAAAAUAUGGCUUAUUCCCACUUGGGCGGUUAUUAUUUUGUACAGUGUAAGCAAAAGAGAUUUUCAAGUCCAUCGUCUCAGUUAAUUAUCGAUAGUGUAACCGACGCAAUCAUUGGUCCAAAUAGUAACGUAUCCGGGACACCGUACAUCUCUUCCGAUGGCCGGUAUUUGGUCAGUACAGAUGAAAUGAAUGGGCGGAUCAAAGUCCAGACAAUUACUUCCAGUGGAGAAAUAAAACUGGUGUAUGACGUCACAACAAGUUUCUACCUAUCAGAUGUAACUUUUCAGUCAUCGUUCACAGAGGGCAACCAGUAUUAUGUCUAUGCUACAUCACAUUCACAAACGCAUGUCCUUUUUAUUGACCUGUCUUCAGGAAGGGUGGACAUGGUGAAAAAUCUAAAAGACCCAACGACACAAGAAGACUGGCCAUGGAACACAGGAAACAGAAUAAUUAAAGGCAGUGGCCUGUUUGGACAAUAUAUAAUAACACCAGCUGAAGAUUCUAUGUUUAUUAUCAAUGGAAGACAAAGUCUGCUACACUGUGAGGUCUCUGGAGUUCGAAGGGGAAACACAGUUGUUUGGGUGGGAGAAGUAUGAAAUGGCCAGAUCUAAAAACUCCAUGAAAGGACUAGAACAUGGACCUUCAUGCUGCCUAUGACAGCAGCAAACUUGUACAUUUUUACACUGAACAAAAGAUUCUGUAUGAGCUUCAUGGUGCAACACUGGUCAACAGCUUGCAAGUUUUAUAGUAACUUCUAAUAGGAGGAUUUUUUAGUAUCAUUUUAAUUUAUUAUUUUGCCUUUUGUUGUUUGCAAAAUAAACUAUAUCACAUAUAAGAAGGUCUAGAA